UUUCUCACAACGUCCUGAGCGGCUGAACCUGAACCCAGCUCACCAGCAACAUUCAUGGCGAACAGGCCGGGCCCUUGGAGCUGCCGCUAGGCGCCUCCAGCACCCCUGUCUGUACCUGGACGAUGCAGAAUCUCGUACAUAACGCAAAAGAUGCAGACCAUUAUUGCUCCUGAUCACCUCCAGCUACAGAAACAUGAUUUGAACGUCUUAAUUUUGCUCUUUUGCUCCUUGAACCACGCUUGCUCCCAGCAAAAGCAAUCUCUUAUCGGGCAUCAAUGACCGCUGUCAAGUAGGUGCGAGACCGCCCGGUCCUCCUGUCAUGGCCGACUCAGCUCACCCAAAGCCACUGUUCCUGAGCUGGCACGUCCCACCUCAGGCUAUAAAACGCGAGCUCCCUGCUGCAUUGAUCCCGCACCCUGCCAUGAUCAUUCAUCUCCUCCUCGCCCCACUCCCGCAGCACCGGUAAAAAGAGCAGCUAGUUGGCUACCAUUUUGAUCUAUACAUCACAUACAUAUGGAUAUGGAUAGCAAUAGCAUCGAGCCGCGGCAGAGAGAAGACGGCGUCAUGGAGGUGCCGGAGAUCGACGGCGACCUGCUCGUCGAACUCCUGGACGCGUCCCUCGCCGCCGAGGACGCAGGCAGCCCGCAGCUCGGCUUCCCGGGCGACGUCGACGGCGGCGACUGCUGGGUCGGCAGCCACGAACUGAACGGCGCCAUCCACACGCACCAGGACUGCGAGGACUGCGACCUCGACGCCAUCCUGUCCGACUUCGAGGAGUACGGGAGCCCGCGGCCAGGGUACCCGGCGCCGUACGCCGUCUUCGACGACGACACCCUGGAGUGGGCGGAGACGGCCGACGCCGGCAUGGGCCCGUUCGCCGGCGGGUGCAUGGGGGACUGGUACAUGGACGGCAUGGUCAUGGUCAUGGCCAUUGAGUGGGAGGAGGAGGGCGGCGAGGCUGGCGCGGAGCAGGUGUACGGCAGCCCACUGUGGGAGUGAUCGAACUUGUGGACGCGUGUCCACGUGUCUGUGUUUAGUAGAUGUGCUUAGUACUCAGUAGAUGUGUGCCGCACUGCCGCUGUAACCAAGGACGGAUCUAGAAAAUAAAAAUAGGAGGGCAAAUUUCACCUUGUUCAA